GAAUUCAGACCUGAAAGAUGGGCGGAUUUGAACAAGUUAGGAUGGGCUUACCUUCCUUUCAACGGAGGUCCAAGAAUCUGCUUGGGACAACAGUUCGCUUUAACUGAAGCUUCUUAUGUAAUUGUCAGAUUGUUACAAAUGUUCCCUUCGUUAAUUUCUAAAGACGACAGACCUUACCCACCAAGAAAGUCUGUCCAUUUGACAAUGUGUCACCAAGAUGGUGUUUUUGUUGAGAUGUCUUGAGCUGAAGACCAAUGCUUGAUACGAGUUGUUUUAAAGGGAAGUACAUAGAUAGGUAGCGAAAUCGAAGUUUAUUUUGACGCGAAUUUCUUGGUGUAUUGGGAAUAUCCAGAAGUUUUAUUUUUCUUGGAUGAGAAGAUAAAGCAGUAAGUAGUACAGAUACAAUCUUGUUACAAAAGAGUAGAAAAGGUUUAGAUAGAAGUCGCCAUCAAAGUUAUCUCUGUAGUGUUGAUUAAUGGAUUCUCUUCGUAUCCUCAAAUGUGAAAAGCUCACCUCUAGGGUCAUAUCUUUGAGUUGGCUCUGUUAAAACUACGAUCACUAUGUUGCACCCAUUCAACGAACCAGUUUUAAAUCAAGCGAACCCAAGUCUUGCAUAAAAAGGUUGCCUCAGCAAAUGGUGGAUCAUCUGUUUCUAAUGCAUACAACUUUCAACUAUCAACGUGAAAGCUGUAUGAUGUAUUUUGAAUCUUCUACCAAGGUGUUAUUCGCCUGAAGGAGACUAUUCAGAACAUGACAGAUCUACAGAAGUUGCAUGCGUUUCUUUUCCGGAACAUUCUUAUUUUAUCCGGAAAUUUCUUUUUCAGAGAUGCAUCAAGACUAAUAUGCCGGGUUUCCCCGAAACGUGAUAAAUUAUACCCACCUUUACAAUUUCGGCUGUGAAAGUCACCCCAUAUGCCAGCAAUCUACCAGGUGGCUUGGAACAUGUAACGCACAGAUCAGUUGUUGCAGAUGUGAAGACAAACAGGGAGAGGUGCAAAAGUCAACUGUAGUUUUUCCGCGUUGGAAGGGGGUCCAGGUCCAUGCUGCAAGAAGUCCUUGGGCAAGCCCAAUUCAAAUGUAGAUUGCCAAUAUCGAGUAUAGAGCUUGCCAUCAUGUCUUAGGAUACUUCACCUUAUGUACAUAAGUGCCUCCAAGUACAAUAUCGAUGUACUUGCGAGAAAUACUCAUACGUUAUCCUCAUUGCUAUUUGAAAAUCUUUUCCGAAUUGGGGGCGCAGAGAUGUCAUUUGCGCAUGUCACUAAGAUUAUUUUUUGGGUAUUUUCCGGCUUAAGAAUUUUACCUCAGCCAUCAAUCAAAUAUUGCAGCCAUCAAAUUGAGUAUAAAUAUCGACAGGAAUAAACCCUAUUUUGCAACCUAUUUACUUUUCUCUUCUCAUCAUCACACAUUAUUCAAUACAAUGUCCUCACAAGAUUUACCCUCGGGUGCUCAAACCCCAAUCGAUGGUUCUUCCAUCCUCGAAGAUAAAGUUGAGCAAAGUUCGUCCUCAAAUAGCCAAAGUGAUUUAGCUUCCAUUCCAGCAACAGGUAUCAAAGCCUAUCUCUUGGUUUGUUUCUUCUGCAUGUUGGUUGCCUUUGGUGGCUUCGUAUUCGGUUUCGAUACCGGUACAAUUUCCGGUUUCCUUAAUAUGUCUGAUUUCCUUUCCAGAUUUGGUCAAGAUGGUUCUGAAGGAAAAUAUUUGUCUGAUAUCAGAGUCGGUUUGAUUGUUUCCAUUUUUAACAUUGGUUGUGCAAUUGGUGGUAUUUUCCUUUCUAAGAUAGGAGAUGUUUACGGUAGAAGAAUUGGUAUCAUUUCAGCUAUGGUUGUAUACGUCGUCGGUAUUAUCAUCCAGAUCUCGUCCCAAGACAAGUGGUACCAACUUACAAUUGGACGUGGAGUUACAGGAUUAGCUGUUGGUACUGUUUCAGUGUUGUCUCCAAUGUUCAUUAGUGAAAGUGCUCCAAAGCAUUUGAGAGGUACUUUGGUAUACUGUUACCAAUUAUGUAUCACCUUAGGUAUUUUCAUUGGUUACUGUGUCACUUAUGGAACCAAAGAUUUAAAUGAUUCAAGACAAUGGAGAGUUCCUUUGGGCUUAUGCUUCCUUUGGGCUAUUUUCUUAGUUGUCGGUAUGUUGGCUAUGCCAGAAUCCCCAAGAUUCUUAAUUGAAAAGAAGAGAAUCGAAGAAGCCAAGAAGUCCCUUGCAAGAUCCAACAAGUUAUCUCCGGAAGAUCCAGGUGUCUACACUGAACUUCAAUUGAUUCAGGCUGGUAUUGACAGAGAAGCUGCUGCAGGUUCUGCUUCGUGGAUGGAAUUGAUCACUGGUAAGCCAGCUAUUUUCAGAAGAGUUAUCAUGGGAAUUAUCUUGCAGUCUUUGCAACAAUUAACUGGUGUCAACUAUUUCUUCUAUUACGGAACUACAAUCUUCCAAGCUGUUGGUUUGCAAGAUUCCUUCCAGACUUCCAUCAUCUUAGGUACAGUCAACUUUCUUUCUACAUUUGUUGGUAUUUGGGCCAUUGAAAGAUUUGGAAGAAGACAAUGUUUGUUAGUCGGUUCUGCUGGUAUGUUCGUUUGUUUCAUCAUUUACUCCGUUAUUGGUACAACUCAUUUGUUCAUUGAUGGAGUAGUAGAUAACGACAACACCCGUCAACUGUCUGGUAAUGCUAUGAUCUUUAUCACUUGUUUGUUCAUCUUCUUCUUUGCCUGUACAUGGGCUGGAGGUGUUUUUACCAUCAUUUCCGAAUCAUAUCCAUUGAGAAUCAGAUCCAAGGCAAUGUCUAUUGCUACUGCUGCUAACUGGAUGUGGGGCUUCUUGAUUUCCUUCUGCACUCCAUUCAUUGUUAAUGCCAUCAACUUCAAGUUCGGCUUUGUGUUUACUGGUUGUUUACUCUUUUCGUUCUUCUAUGUCUACUUCUUUGUCAGCGAAACCAAAGGUUUGUCGUUGGAAGAAGUUGAUGAGUUGUACGCUGAAGGUAUUGCACCAUGGAAGUCUGGUGCAUGGGUUCCUCCUUCUGCCCAACAACAAAUGCAAAACUCCACUUAUGGUGCCGAAGCAAAAGAGCAAGAGCAAGUUUAGCUUUACGAUUAAUGUUUUUCUCCCCUGCAUGACUUUUUAACGUUUAGAAUAUAGACACUAUAGAUUUACAAAAAGGUUAUACCUUUAAAUGAACUUUUAUGAUGAAGAUUGAUACACUAUAAACCAAGAACUGUAAUGAGGUCAUUUGUUUUUGUACUACUGAUAGAUUCAAGUACUCCGAAUUAACGUAUUCUAAACCAUAUCUAUUUCAUUUUCUAAAUUCCAGUCCAGAGGCAUUGGUUGUCAAUAUAGAUGGAUUCGGUUUGAGAGAUAUUCAGACUACUAUUUCCAACAUGGACCUUGUAAUUUCCUUUUUGAAGGGACCACUGAUUCUGAUAUUCAUCAAAGAAGGAAAAUGUAUCCUUGACAAGAAUUC